AGUAAAACCAUUUUCUUUAAAUUACUCUUCCAAAUUUUCCAAAGUUUGCUGAUUUUUUUUUUUUUGAUAAUUAAGUUUGCUAACUUUGUUUGAGAGAUCUGAAUUAAUCGAUGGUGAUGGUGGACAUAUCCAAUAAGAGAAGAGCUUUGCUCAAAGUUAUUGUUCUUGGUGAUUCUGGAGUUGGAAAGACUUCGUUGAUGAACCAAUAUGUGUAUAAGAAGUUUAAUCAGCAGUAUAAAGCAACAAUUGGUGCUGAUUUUGUCACCAAGGAACUGCUGCUUGAUGAUAAGCUGGUCACCUUGCAAAUAUGGGAUACAGCAGGGCAGGAGAGGUUUCAGAGUUUAGGAUCAGCAUUUUACAGGGGAGCUGAUUGCUGUGUUAUGGUGUAUGAUGUCAAUGUGCAUAGAUCCUACGAAACACUCAACAAUUGGUAUCAAGAAUUUCUCAAACAGGCAAAUCCAGUUAAUCCUCAAGCAUUCCCAUUCAUAUUGUUUGGAAACAAGAUAGAUGUGGAUGGUGGAAGCAGCCGAGUGGUUUCAGAGAAAAAAGCAAGAGAUUGGUGUUCUUCGAAAGGAGAUAUACCAUAUUUUGAGACCUCAGCGAAAGAGAAUUAUGGCAUCGAUGAAGCAUUCCAAUGCGUUGCUGAAAGUGCACUAGCUUCUGAAUAUGAACAUAACAUUUAUUUUCAAGGGAUUUCAGAAACUGUUUCGGAAGUUGAGCAAAGAAGCGGUUGUGCAUGCUGAUAUGUUGCUGAGAAAUGUAUUAAAUGUAUCAAGAUUCAAUCUUUUUUCGCUCAAUGUUUCAUUCUUUGGUUGUUUUUAUAUUAAGUUUGUGUUUAUAUAUACUCCCUCCGUCCCGUUUAAGAAGGGACAAAUGACUUUUUCAUAUAUAUUAAGAAAGCAUUAAUUACUAUA